UGCCACUUAGCAUCCCGUUCGACAAAAUCGUUCGUGCGUGGUAUUUUUUCUCUCUCUUCCUCUUUUCCAUUUUCGCGCUGAUAAAGGCUGACAGGGCUCGUUAUCCUUCCCGAUCGCAAUGAGACAGUAAGCCGUCGAUGCUCGACGGCGACGACCAGUGACAGUGCCGAGAGAUUUUCGCGGAGAGAAUCGCGAUUUCUCGGGAUUGUGAAGCGAUCGAGGAAACGGAACUCGACGGCGGAAUCACGGGUGGACCUCUCUUCUCUUUCUCCUCGCGACAUACGCAGAUUCACGAUGGCGAUGACGGGAAGCGCGCCGUGCCGCUUCCUAGUGCUGCUGCUGCUCUCACUGACGUCUCUGUGCGACGUUAACGCGUACCCGAAGUCGGACCACCGGAUCGAGGACAUGGACGACGUCGAGCAGGAACUCGGAGAAUCGUCGUGGCCCUUCGUCCAACCAGCGGAUGAAAACCUUGCGCCCCGACGAGAGGAGGUGCUCCAGAAAAUACAAGAGAUCCUCGGUAUUCGGAGUCAGAACGAGAAUCUGGCCCAUCGCAAGGUACCGCCGCAAUUCAUGAUGGAGCUCUACAACACCAUCGCCGAUCCCAGCGGGGUCACGCGAGGCCGGAAUCCCUACAACGCCAGGGUCGUGCGCAGCUUCGUCGAGAGGGGUAAUUCCUUCAAUCCUUCCCUAUCGCAUUUCUACUUCUUCAACGUCUCGGGGCUGGAAAUGAACGAGUCGGUGCUGGAGGCCGAGCUGCAUCUCUACCGGAGGAAAAUGCCAUCGAGAAACGCACGUCUGCUGAUGACGUCCGCGUCGCCUUAUUAUCUGAUAAGGGUGUACCAGGUCCUGGACGAUCGCAGCCUCGACGUGCCGGAUCUCCACAGAUUGCUGAACGUUCGUUACGUUGGCGCGCACGCUUCCGGUUGGCAGAUAUUCAAUGUGAAGCAAGCUGUCCUGGGAUGGAUGAGCGGUGAGCCAAAUCUGGGCCUCCUGGUGACGGCUCAGGAUCCAUUCGAGGACGAGAUAUCGGUGGAAUUCUCCCGUCGAAACGACUAUCACCACAGCAAGCAGCCGAUACUGGUGCUCUUCGACGACGACGGUAGCGAUCGGUCCAGCGGACGAUCGGUAGCCGCGCCGCGAUAUUACGCGUACGGAAAUCAAGACGACGAUGGGAGGAACCGUGGAAAGAGUCCCGCGUACGAGAAGGACGUGGAGAGCGAGAAGAUCGAUUUGGAGAACGACUACGACGGCGCCGAGUCAUACAGGAGGCGUAAAAGGCAACGAAGAGGCGACGGUCAGCUCGAGGAGGUUCCGUUGGUAAAUAGGCACGAGCCGGAAUUUUUCCGGCGGCAAAAGAGAGGACGCGAGGAGGGAAAGGAGGAUCAGGACAAAGCUUCCCGUUACGGUGAGCCUUUAGAAGCGACGAGGCGCCGUCGUCGCGACGCAACAGCCUCCCGGGGACGCGGUGGUAUCGUGUCGAAGACUCACGGCUUGCGGAUCACGCAAAUCCUCUCGUCGUCGGACAUCUACGAGAGAACGAGGCUUCGCAAGAGGCUGGGACGGCGUCGUCGACCGGCGCGAUCGGCGAGCGAUCAGAAUCCGGAGCAGCAUCCGCGGGGGAACGCGACCGAGUGCGCGAGGCACGAGCUCUACGUGGACUUCCGCGACAUCGGGCUGUCGUCCUCGAUAAUCGCGCCGGCCGGCUACUCCGCGUACCAGUGCAAGGGCGUGUGCGAGCCGCCCCUCAGCCAGGACCAGCAGCCGACGAAUCACGCGACGAUACAGGCGAUCGUGCACAAGAUGCAGGCCAAGGACGUCGAGAGGCCGUGCUGCGUGCCGACCAAGCUGCUCAGCACCAGCAUCCUCUUCUACGACGACAACGAGAACGUCGUGCUCAAGAUGUACGAGGACAUGAUCGCGGACCGUUGCGGAUGUCGUUAGGAGAGGGAGACCUGGUCGCGAGACGCGAUUCCGAAGAGACGCGGCAUCGGCCGCGAUCAGACAUCGCGUCGAAGAAAAGCGGUGAUAUCAAAAGAAUUGGAGAGAUGGACACAGGGAGGUAAAUAGAGAAAUCUCAGUAGGUCUGGAUCUUUAAAGUCUGAUUCGUGAUCGAUUAAUCCUUUUUUGUUGCGACGAAGAAGAUUAUGACGAAAUUAUUGAUAUAGAAAUAACGAUUAUUCGUACGAAUUGUAAUGGACAAGAUUAAUAUUUCCAUUGACACAUAUAUAAUAACAACUUGAUCGUUAGCUCGUUUUUGCUUGCGGUUGAAAGAUCGCAGGAUAACGCGUUCUCAAAUUGUAAAUAGCCAGGCUAAUGACUGACAGCGUUUAAUUUCUCCCGUUCGAUUGUUUGAUCGUUGAAGGGUUCAGGGCAAUAGCGGCCUGAUCUUCCUUACUAACUCACGUUUCUCAUAAUUACGGAUUUCAAUUGAUUAACGGAGAAUUCUUUUGACUGCGUUUAUUUCCGGAGGUUUUAACGUAACAACGAUCCUGCAAUCGGCCCCGCCAUAUAUAGGUACGUAACUACUUUUGUACAUAAGAACAUUCCCAAGUGCGCGCGUAGUAUCACGUAUAGAAUUAACGCAUAUAUAUGAUUACCGACGUAUAUCAUUAGUGUACUGUUAAGUCGUAGCGCCGUUAAAUUAUUGCUAUAACCGUAAACGUAGGAUGAGACGGACGAUGUCCAGCCGCCCAGUGUACAUAUAUAAACGGCGACGCAGCUCGCCGAAUUUAUUGAUAGCCAAGCGAAAACAAAAAAAACAAUAAAUGAUACUCAAGCAACA